AUGUCUUCACCACGCAAACAUGAAAAAAAAGAGCUCCAUCUACGAGGAGAAUAUAGUACAAAAUUGGGAACAACCGAAAUAGCUAGUCAAACAAUUUCUACCGUCCAAACUGUAGGAGAUGCAAUCACACCAUUUGUUCCUUUAUUUACCAUGGUUAGAAACAUACUUAGUUCUAUGAUAACAAUUUAUGAUAAUGCAAAAUGUAAUGAAAAAAUUUGUGGAGUUUUAUUAGAUCGUGUCGAAAUAGCACAAACUGCUGUUAAAUCAUUACAAAGGAAAUAUAAGGCAAAUGAAGAAAAUUUUAGGAAUCAAGAAUAUUAUAAUGCUUGGGUUAGAUUUGUUAAUGUUUUAGAAAAUAUUAAAAAAUUCGCGAAAGAAGUUACGCAAAUGAAUUAUUUUCAAAAGUUUUUAAGUGCUACUGCGGUUAAAGAUGCUUUUGAUAAAAACAUUAAAGAAUUUGAAGAAGUUUGUGGUGAUUUAAAUUUUACUAUAACUAUAUAUAAUGGUGAACAAAGAGAAAAGGAAACAAAAAAUGUGGAUGAAGAUAUUGAAAUUUUAAAAAAGGGUAAUAAUAUAAUGGAUAAAACGGCACCUAUUAUCUAUGAGUGUCCUAAAGUAGAUCCAAAUGAAUUAACUGAUCCAUUUUCUUCUGUCGAUAAUGUUCGUGGGACUAAUAGAACUGUAUUUAAAAAAAUUUUCCGUGGAAUAGAAGUUGCAUGUAAAAAAGUUUAUCUUCCACGAAAUGAUGAACAAGGUCCCACAAAAAAACUCGAUCAAGCUAUUAAAAAGAGACAACAAAUCGAAUUAUCUGUCCUCCUCAAAUUAGGUGUUACUGAUAGGUGUGAGCCUAAAAUUUCAAAUUUCGGACUCAGUCAUAAUUAUGUGUCCGCGGGAGUUAUGAUAGUGUCUGUAUUGUCUGAUACCAUUCGAUGGAAAGCACCAGAAAAACUACGAAAAACAGCAAAAGAUAUGGAGAUGCAACAGAAACUUAAAGACCUUUUUCAUGAACAUGUAUUUUCUAAAGGAACUUCUCCUCUGACACGACCAAAAAGUGUUGACUCUAGUAAUAUUCCAGAAUUAGAAUUAUCACGCAGUUUCAAAGAACAGGUCAUUAUAAAUACUUGUUCUCAACAAUCUAAUGAAUAUAAUGACCAGCCUACACCUGAUCAAU